AUGGCAUCGGCUGCGGCCCCUCCAACAUCGCCUGUGCGGGUGUAUGCUCGGCUCGACGCCCGCGACACGGAGAUUGACGGCGAGUGGGAGGCGGCGUAUGCGGUGCUAGAGCAGCUCGUCGCCGGGAAGGAGGCCGAAGCAGCGGCCGAAGCUGUGCAAGAGGCGGCGGCGCGCGGGGCGGCGGUGGCCGCGCGGCUUGGUGUGGGCAUCAUGUAUGGUGUGAUGGCGGCAGGCGCCGAUGUGGCGGCACAGGACGAGCUGCUGGUGCUGCUGCCGCAUGCGGUUACCGAUGGCUACGCUGGGUGCGCCGAUCGGCUCGCGUGGCUCGUCACGAACCGAUGGCGAGUCGUCCGCCCGUCUGCACAGAUGGCGGCGCUGCGCCUUGUCGACCACCUCCUUCGCAUGCGCAUUGUCCGCUUUGCACAUGUACUCGGCCUCAUUGCCUCCACCUUGGCUCCGGCGGUCAUGGGCCCGCUCGCUGCUGCUACUCUGGGCUGGCUCUGUGUCGCCCUCGAGCCGGCAGCAGCCUGGCUCGCUGCUGAGGCGCCGCCAGUCCUUGCCGCCUGCCUCAUUGCCCUGCUCGAGAUGGAGCCCAGCCUUGGCAGCCGCGGCCAUACUCAGCUCCGGACAAGCGUGCAGCAGCUCACCUCCCGCCUCGCGCUUCAGCUGCCUGACGCGCUGCAGCCGGCAGGUGCAGACGCCGUGCUUCGACUGACUGCGCCUUUCCCCGAGUGGCAGAUCGCGCACGAGGCAGCGGCAGCAUCGGUCUUUUGCCGUUACCGGCUCGAUCCGCAGCUCGCAGCGCGGCUCGAGUGGAUGGCAGGCCACGUUCAGGUCGGCAGCCAGGGUCGGUAUCAGACUUGGCUCGUCACCUCCCGGGGCUGGAGCACUGCCCGUAGCGACGCCACGCUAGCCGAGCUCACUUCCGCCAUCCGGUUUGCUGUUCGAUGCCUCCGCGCCCGGAGCCGAGCCACCGUUCCGCCAUGGAUGCUCGCGGGCUGGCUCGUCGGCCUUGGACUGCAGCUAGGGCUGGAUCGGGUUGACCAGCUUGGCACCGCGCUUGUUAGCGACUGGCUCACCUUUACUGGUGCGCCGCACGAGACGGCGCGUCUCGAACCUGCCGCGCUCCUGCUCCGCCACUCGCUGCCGGACUUUGUCCCGCUCGCAUCGUUAGUGCUCAGCUCUUUGGCGGCUGGCGCCGAGAUGGGACCAGAUCCAAAAGCACGAGCAUCUGCUGCAGUCGGCGCUGUUGUCGCUGCAGGCUUGAUUCCAUCGCCCAAAACUGUUUUUGCCGCCGCACCGCUCUCGCCGGAGCUUCGCUCCCGGCUGUCGCGGCUGCUGCCAUCCCAGCAAGCCCUCCCAGAGGCUGCUUCUGGGCGUCAGAACGACUCUGCCGCUCAAGCCGAAGUGCAGCAGUGCGGAACUAGUCACACCGAUGUGCCCGACGAACUAGUGCUCUUUGGGCGGCAUCUCCGCCGUCUGGUGGAAGGUGACGCAGCCAGUGCAGGCUCUGAUCGCGAUACGCUCCGCGCCCUCGUCUCGCACGUUCUCGCCGUCGAUGGCCGCAAGGGCUACUCGCCGACCGCGCUCGCGGAAUGGCUGCAGCGCUGCCUUCAGCCUGACCGCGUCGCCAUUAUCGACGCCGUCAUGGGCCGGGCAUCGCCACUUCGCGACGCGCUGGCUUCGACUUGGCCAGGUGCGAGUUUGGCAGCCUGGCUUCUCGCCACCAACGACAGCAGCGUGUGGCCAAGCAUCGCUGCGCUCGCGCCCGACGAUCUCGGCCACUUGGUGACAUGUCUGGUCACCGUCUGGCCGGAAAGGACAGUCACUGCGCUCGCACGGUUGCUGCAGUGCUCCGAGCUGACGCUGACGGAUGAUCACCGCACGGCGACGCUGGCGAGCUUUGCACAGCACGCGGGAUAUGCCAUGCUGGCCAACUUUGCUGAGCUUCGCGCAAGCACAGGUGCAACACUGCUGGCAGCGCCGAUCCACGGCAGCGAGCCUGUCUUUGAUGCGAGCCUCAAUUGGGAGGAGGAGACCCAGGCGCGAAUGUGGGCGGUGCUGGACGCCGAGCUUGCCGCUGUAGACGAGCCCGCUGCCUUACUGCAGAGCCUGCUCGCUGUGGCAGGCGCGUCGCCCGUAGCACGGCUGUUCCUCCACCGGACCCGGGCUACAUUGGCUGGCAGCAACAAGCGCCGCCGUGAUCAAGCGUUGUCAUAG